AUGGCGGCUCGUGAGGCCAUACAGGUGAACACUCUCACAGUGAUGAUUCCCAGGGCUUUGUCAGUGACUGAGCCUGAAAGAGUCAGAGGAGGCAAACCUCUAGAAACCCCAGGAAUUGAAGAGAAGGAAACACAGAAAAAGGACAAGACAAAAAAGGAAAAAAAGAAAUGUGGUCAGCGUCUCUUUGGCCAAGGAGAUAAAAAAGGGAAGAAAUGGCCGGCUGCAAAAACCUCGUAUUUGAACUCCUCAUUUUUAACCCUGCAGAGUGGGGUGGUUUACCAGGACAAAAACACCACAGCCCAGCGAAUAUCAUCAGCCAGGCUGCACAAAAUCAAAGAGCUGAAGAACGAAGUAUUUGACUUGCAAAGAAAAAUCGAGGCGUCGAGCUUAGAGAACCAGGCUUUGAAAGAUCUCAACCGCCAGCACGCCAAGGCCAUAGACAGGUACUGCAACGCAGAGAGCCUCUUGCAGGAGCUGCUAGCAGGGCAUCGAAACGAGAUGAAGGAGCUAAGGAAACUCCUGAAGAUGUCUCAGGAGGCCGAGAAAAACACAGCCAGGAAGCUCAAAAAAGUUGAAGCGGAGCUGAGGAAAACUAAAGGUGAUUUGAAGACCUUGCUUGUGCUGUCAGAAGACAAAGCUCUUGCAGAGAGAGAGGAACUUGAUCACAGGUUGUCAGUCCUUAAUGAAACACUGGAAGUAAAGGAUGAGAGAAUACAGAGUCUGGAAAUGCAGAUGAAGCUGAACAACAGCACCUUUAGUCAUCAGCUGGCAAGUGAGAGUAAAAAACUCCUGGAAGCUGGGAUGAUCACAAAGAACUUGCUAAUGGAAAUUCACAUUGUUCAGCAAAAAAUUAAGGAAAAGGAUCGGCAACUUUACAUAAGGAAUAUUUAUGCAAAUCGGAUGCCAAAAGCCCUGAGAGACAGAAGUGAUUGGAUACCUAAUGACCAAAGUCUGAGAGUAGACAGAUCAGUACAAGUAGAUAAAGAGAGUUUUAGAGAGCUGCUGCUGUCUCAGCACCAGGAAACAGAAAAAAAUCCAAUCCAGCUAAAAAAGGAGAAAAAGCCUUCAGAAGAUAAAGGUGGAGAAGGUAAAGCAAAGGAAAAUGCCCAGUGUAGAAAAGAAAAGAAAGCAACUAAGAAAAUACCAGUGCCAGAAACUUCUAACAGGACACACAGAGGGGGCAAACUACUGAUGGAAGAACGUGCUUGUUCAGAAUUUCUGAAAGAAAUGGAAAAAGAGACAGAGUUUCUCAAACAGGAGUUGAAAAUUCUGAUGAAAACUGAACAAAAUCCUGAAAGUGACAGAGUAAAAGAGAACAAUCAAGAGGGAGAUGCAGUGGAAGAAGUUGAAAAAGAAGAGAAAAAACCAGAUGAGCAGCAAAAGAAGAAAGCCAGGAGUGAAGGUGCAAUUCCAAAGAAAAUCCCUGCUAGGCUGAAAAGUAAAUACAUCUUCUCAGAAGCCGUUGAGAAUUUGCACCAGGGGGUUCACACAUCAGGUACCAAAUCCAAAGCAGGCAGCCUGUGCAGCCAGAGACAGGCGGGCCAGAGCUGCAGGGACACCGCUGGGUCCAGAGGGAAAAUCUCCUUCGGGGCCUAUGAACCUUCUUUUGGGCAAAUCCCCGCGGCCUGGCAGGACAGCGCCUCUGGAGCGCAGCGCUGCAGCCUCCUGACGCUGGCUGAGAGGAAGAAAGACCCGAUGAAGGAGCUCUUUGGGGAGGGCUGUUUGCAAGGAGACAACCCCGCAGGGUCCAGCACCAGAGGGGCGAGGGCAGACACGGGAGGGAUGUGGGGGGGGGCACAAAGCAAAUCCCAAACUCCGUGA